UAGCAUGGUGCGGCAUGGGCCCACCCCCAAGGGGAAGAAGCAGAAUGGCAGCAGCGCAGGGCCGGGUGGGCCAAUGUGCAUCUGGUGGCUGCCAGUUAGUAAACAGUGCCCUUGUACUGAGGUGGGUGGAACAGGACUGUUCCUGCUGUGCCAUGACCCCUCUCCCAUUGCCUCUGACCAGCCCCUCGCUCUGAACACUCUGCCCCAUGUCCCCAUUGCCCCCAUGGGGGCCCACAAAUAUGUUUAGCGCCGGGUCCGCAAAAGGUUAACCUGGCCCUGUUUGGGGCGCAGGCUCUGGGACGGAGUUUGGGUGCAGGAGGGGUGCAGGCUAUGGGGAGUUUGGAUGAGGGGUGCGGACUCUGACCUGGGGCAGCGGAUUGGGGUACAGGAGCGGAUGCGGACUUGUGGGCUCUGUGGUGGAAUUUAGCACCUCAGCACAUUAUGUAAGAGAAAGGAGCUGCAGUGACUUCAUAUAGACAUAGAAACUGAUAGAAGACUCUUAAAUACUCCAAACGUGAGAGGCAGAGUUUGAGGGAGGGAGUGUCUGUUUCCCAGCAUUCAGUCUCCUGGCUGUAGCAAUGACGUAGCCCUGCAGCACUUGUAUAAGCUAGAGAGGAGCUGCAGUGUCUAAGCAUUGACACUCUAGGAAUUGGGAGGCCUGUGCCUUUAAAAACCCAGCCCCAGGAAUCCGCCCUCUGUGCCAGGGCUGACAUGCAGCAUCCUAUAUGAAGAACGAAAAAAACGCUCUGCACCCUGCACACCGCUACAUUUACUAGCACAGCAGGUGGCUCAUCCCACGGGGGAGACUUCUAUUGUGGGUCUAACAGUGCUUUGCAGGAGCUGCUACUGAACAAUCCCUCAUUGCUGCGAGAUGACUAGCACUGAAGAGCUGAUUCUGGAGGUGAAUGCAAGCAAGUGUGUGGCCAUCCAGAUAGCCAACAACACCAGAGACGUGACCCUCAAGAACCCCAGGACUUACUGUUUCAGCGGCUGGGUCAGGAUAGACCCUGUGCCCCUCAUUCCCCCCGGCUCUUCGGGGACCAGCAUUUUUGUGAAAACAAGCGAUACGGCUUGCGGGAGCGUUGGGGUGCUGAGCUACGAGUCCGACACUUUCACCCUGGCCAUCAUGUUCUCCGUCCCCUACAACCGCUUGCAGUACUACAAUGAGUUUGCCAUCGAGCUCUUUGCUGGCAGGAAGCACUUCGACAGCAUGGAGCACCUCUACCACUACAUGUACAAUGACGGCCCUCCCUAUCCGUGUGACUCCUACAGGAAAGUGCAGGUCAAGGACCCAUAUGGCCAGCUGGAGGUGACCAACGAGAAGAUCCAGGUGGAGGCCACCAUGUCCAACCAGAAUAAGUCCAUCAUUAAAGUGCAGAUCAAGGAAAAAGAUCCCCACCCCAAUGUGACAGAAAAAUGGGGCUGCUGGCAGAAAAUAGUGAAAUUCUUUUUCCGAGUUUGAGUAGACAGUGAUGUGCUAGCUCUGCUGGAGUUAGUCAGUAAAAAUGGCCAGAGCGUUGUGGGUGGUGAGAAGAGCUAGCCACCCAAGUGCACUUUCACCUGACCUACUUGGUAUGUAGUCGGGCGUCUAGCCUGAGCUGCUGCCCAUGCCACAGUGUCCUCACUGCUAUUUUUAGUGCACUAGGGAGGGAUAGCUCAGUGGUUUAAGCAUUGGCCUGCUAAACACAGGGUUGCGAGUUAUAUCCUUGAGGGGGCCAUUUAGGGAUUGGGGUGGAGAAAUUCUUUGGGAUUGGUCCUCCUUUGAGCAGGGGGUUGGACUAGAUAACCUUCUGAGGUCCCUUUUAACCCUAAUAUUCUAUGUCUGUCUACUCAGGCUGGGCAGUAUACAGGCCUCCAGAGUUUUAUCAUCAUUUUAUAAAAAAGUUUUUUUUUUGCUUAUUUUUUAACCUCUGAAAUAACAGGUGUUGCCAUAUGAAGACCUGAAGCUUAAGCAUUUAUCAUGGUGAUAAAACUCCCAGAAAGCUUUGCAAAAAAUAAUGCUAAAAAAGAUAACAGAGAAUUAUUAGCAAAUAAGAGCUACACUUCUUGUAAGUGGAAAUAUGUUUAAGAGCAUGACUUUUAGGUAUAGUUGUAUAAGGUUGUUUUUAAUUGCAUGUGUGCUUGCUAGGUAAAAUAUAAUUGGCUAAGCAACUUAAAUAAAAGUUACAAAUUAUAAUGGAAACAAAAAGAAAAGGAUAAGUAGAUAAGAUCAUAACAUAAGAAUAUAAGAAUGGCCAUACUGCAUCUGCCCAAUGGUCCAUCUAGCCCAAUGCCAGACGCUUCAGAGGGAAUGAACAGAACAGGGCAAUUUCAAGUGAUCCAUCCCCUGUUGUCUGGUCCCAGCUUCUGGCAGUCAGAGGUUUAGGGAUACCCGGGUACCAUCUUGACUAGUAACUGUGAUGGGUCCCCCAAUCGCCUGGCAACGAGUUUCACAGGUUGUGUGUAUGUUGCAUGUUUGAAUCUCAGUCUCUACUGUUGUUAAAUAAUUAUUCUCUGACACCUCCAUAAUUUCCUGCAACUGUUAAAAUUUAAAUUGAUAAAAAUAGAAAAAAAAUGCUUAAAAAUAAACAUCGAUAUUAUCCACUGAAAUUAAAAGAAACCCUCGAGUUCUGCCAAGUCUAUCUAUGUACCGUUUCUGUCUCUCUAGCUACGCAGUCACCACAGUAGCUAGACUGUCCUACGGGGGUGCUGCUAGCGACUCCAUCCUUAUUGUUCCACUUACAGCAGGGCUAAAAUCCCCACUGCCACGACUGAAGUUAGGCUCCAAAUGUGGCCCAGUAACAACCCUGUAAGGGCAGCAUGAAUGGCCGAUGUGAAGUCCCCGGUAACCUCUUCAUGGGAAACAUCAGAGUGCUCCUAGAGACCAACCCUGCCGCUCGCAUUCCCUGGGGUUCUUAUAAUGUGACGUUCUCUGUGUGCGGCUUUCCA